AGAAGAAGAAGAGUAUUAUCCGUGUAUGUGAGGACAGGGAGGUUGUAAACCGAUGCCUGAGCUCCUUCGUUAUUGUAACUCUAAAACCGAAGAUUUUUAAAACAUUUUACAUCACUGUUAGCAUAUUAGCGCUAAGCUUCAUGCAAACUGUGAUUCAGCAGUGACUGACAUCAGCAGUUAGCAGGUUUAAAGCUAGUUACUGCUAACUGAAACUACAGGCCGAGAAGAAGAGGAUGGACUCCUGGGUUCGGUUUAACUCUCAGAGCCAGGCCAAGGAGAGAGUUAUCAGAGCGGCCCAGUAUGCGUGCACUCUACUGGGAUACACGCUCCACAAAGGUGGAGUGGCGGCUGAUCUCCAUAAAACCAUCAGGCAGCUGGAGGCUCACAUGAGUCUGACCAGGAAGUUACUGAGGCUGGGAAACUCUGUGGAGGCUCUGGAGUCGGCGAAGAGGGCGAUCCACCUCUCAGACAGCGUGCUGAGACUCUGCCUGACCAUCAGCCACCUCAACAGAGCCAUGUACUUCGCCUGUGACAAUGUGCUGUGGGCUGGGAAAACAGGGAUCAUCUCCAAACUGGACCAGAAGAAGUGGAGUCAGAGAUCCUUCAGGUAUUACCUCUUCGCUCUCAUCCUGAAUCUGACCCGUGACCUGUACGAGCUCCGCCUCCUCAUUGAGUGUGAGGAGCGUAACAGAGCCUCCAAACGCCCAUCCUCUCCUCACCCCGGCGCUGCCUCCAUGCCUGCUGAUCAGCUCUCUUCCCCCUCUUCCUCACCCGUUGCUCUCACCGCUCCACCCCUCAUGUUAGCGGGGCUACGCAGACAGCUCCACCUGCUGGUGACUGUGCUGUACAGCAACCCACCGCUGUUGCUCGACCUGCUGAAGAACAGCUGCGACAUCUUCAUCCCGCUGGAUCGGCUUGGGAUUUACCCCACGGGAAACGGCUUCGUGGGGCUCUGUGGACUCGCCUCGUCCAUCCUUAGCAUCCUGACCAUUGUCCACCCGUGGCUCAAACUUAAACCAUGAACAAAAGAAUCAUGACCCUGACUUUAUCCAUCAAAGUAGACAUCAUUCACCCUGACUUUAACCAUACAUAGAUGUCGAACCCAAAAUAUGAACACAGACAUCCAUCCGGACUCAAACCACAAAUACAAACAUCAUCCAACCCCUGCUUCAACACUCAUCAUGACCACGGACUCUGAAAAGCGAACCAGGAGUCUGAUCAGAGUUUAACUCUGGUUGUUUGAUGACGACAGCAGCUUCUGAUGAACUCUGCUUUUAUGUUUAAAGAGCUGCAGGACCCUGAAACAGACACUUUUUAUCCAUGAGGAGCAGUAAAUGCCAAGGCCAUCACCCUCCACAGGGGUGAACCACAAAGUGAGAUCACAGCCUAUUACGCCUAUAAAGUCAGACGCCUUGUUUACAUUUGCAAUAACAAUCCACUUUGGGCAUUCUAAUAUCAAGGGGCAUUGUUUCAGUCCAUGCAUCCAUAGUCCUCCAGACUUAAAACACGUUAAAGUUAAAAAAAUGAGAGACUUCAGUUAAUGUAGGGCUUGCCAAAAAUGUUGCCGAAUUUUUUGUACACGUGUCUGAUGUUUACUAAAUUGGAAUUUCCCCUUGUGGGACUAAUAAAGGAAUAUCUUAUCUUAAAGGCCAAUAUUUAUAGCUGGUAUAGACAGAUUUUUACAGCUGAUACUUACAUUAUUAUACACCAAUAUUUAGAGCUCAUAUGGACAGGUAUUUUCAGCUGAUAGGCCGAUAUUUACAGCCCAUAAUUGGCCACCUUUUACGGCUGGCACAGAUGGAUAUUUACAGCUGAAAUAAGCCGAUUAAGUAAAGCUGAUGUUUUGGCUGUAAAUACUGGCAGAAAUAUUCAUAUCUUUUGAUACCGAUAACUUUUAGAGCUUAUAUCUGCUGCUAUAAAUAUGCUGAUACCAAUGUUCACUCCUAACCUGGCAUGCCAGAUGGAUUUGUUUCACAUGUCCAUCUGGAAAACCACUCAUACACAGCGUUUUGGAAAGGGCAAAGCCUUUGAAAAAGAGAAAACUCGGAGUGUGAUUGGAUGAACGUUCUGUCUGUCACAUCUUUACGGGCCAAUCAGAGCAACAAAACACAAGACAUAGCCGCUGUCGAGCUGCACCCCUACUGAGGACUAAGCUCCAUAGGGAACUGCAUAGCAUGAACCAUGGCAACUGUAGACAUGUCAGUACAUGACGUUUUUUGUUUUUGAAAAGAAAACAACUCAAUGCUGUUCUCUGUUCUUCUAUUAAUGAAGAAAUUUCGUCAAGUUCUGAUAAAACUGGUGCUUUAGCAGCAUCCACGCUAAUGUCUUCCGCCAUAAUUGCACCGUCUCUUGUUGCUGCUUGCUUACGUCAUCUGCUAUGCAAGCUUAGUUCAUCCCUAAUGCAUUGAUGUUACUAAAUCAGAUCCAAAGAGGGCUCUUCAAAUCCAUGUGGCCCAGUUAUUUCUGUGGGCGGGUCUGACACCCACAUAGCCUUACUGUAUUCAUCACAUCACAGAGCCCAACCUCGGUUUUAACCUGUUUGUACUCAUGAUUAAUUUCAGCAGAUAGUCUCCACAAUAAAAGGACAAGGAUGAAAUCUAAUGUCCCUGCUGUUUUGAUGUUUGGUCAAAAUAUCCAUCUGUUUAACACAGCUGAUAGUGAUGGAAACUUAUGUUGGAAUUAGAGCAGAUAAAUAACAAUUAUUAAAUGACUGUAUUAGUUAUUGCAAAGAUGAAAGUAGAAGAGAGCCCACUGACUGAUAAAAGGCUGGUUAUGUUGAUCUUUCUUCUUGGUUCACCCCUCUGGCUCAUGUUCUGAAAGAGUUUUUGUUCUCAGCAUUCUUCUUCUUAUGUUCCUUUUUUAGCCCCCGAGUUACUGAAUCGUCCUAAAUGCAUUGAGUAGAAACUCCUCAGUGAGCCACGAAUGGACAAAACAUCCCUGGACUUAUUUGUCUGUAACAUCUCAACUAACGCAGAUUAACUAGAAAUGUAUUUUAAUUUACAAGAUUAAAUAAUUAUGGGAUUUAUUUAUAAUCAGAGGAAACAUUUUAAUGACCUAGAACAGGAAAUAUCACUUUAUUUUAUUGUUCUAAUUAGAUUUAAUUCUAUCACGCAAGUCAUUAAAUAGUCAUUUUCUGCAUCAUUCCUCUCACAGACACACAGCUAAUCAUCAUUAAACAUCUGCAUUGUGCUGAGAUGUUUAUGUAAAUCUGAAUUAUUCAGAUUUUUAAGUUGGUGUGAUUGUGUUUAUGCUGCUUUCUGCUGUGAAAUAAAGAGUGACUGUGUGGAUAUUUUUACUUUAUAACAGAAACAACACUGACUCGGGUUAACUAAAAAAAACUUUUAAUCAGGAUGUCACUGUUACAAAGAAAUAAAAAUUAAAACAAUAAAAACUGACAGAAAUAAUGAAGCCAGUCCUCUCUGUGAACAAGUCAGCGGACAUUUCCUGCUGCUGGUUUACGACUCGGCUGCUUUAAAAAAAUCACAAAUAUCUCU